AUGGUCGUUCUCAACAACGCGAUGGAGCAGUCGGGCCAGGCCUCCCAUGCCAAACAGGCCGCAUGCCUGAGCUGUCGACGAAGCAAGAUUCGCUGCAAUCGCACAGCGGGUGAAACGCGCUGCGAUAAAUGUAAGCAGACCGAUGCGGAGUGCAUCGUGCCAAGUCACCAUCUAGGCAGGCAAAAGGGAGUAAAGAACAAACGCAAGGGUCUGGAGAAAGCGAUCCAUCAGAUCGAACAGGCCAUCAAAAGACCGAGGAUUGACCCUGCCGGCGACAAUGAUGCACAAAGAGCCAUCUCAGGUCUGCAGGACCUCCUCAUUCAAGUCCAGGGUCAGUUGAUGCAAGGUAACCAGGAUGUUUUUUCCGAUGGUCCGGGGCCGGGCCAUGAUCCUGACUCUGACCCGCCUUCGCUGCGCGAGAGCAAGGUCGACGAAAGUCUUACUCUAGACGAUGCAGAGAAUCCACUACAAUUGUUAGCUCGAGCUUCGGAUCUGCAGCUUUCGCCGACGGGAGUACGCCGAGCACAUAGGUCUUCGCUGCCAUUGCCGGGCGCACCGCUGGCUGUGCCGCAGGAUAAUGAUAUUCCUGGAGAGCCGAGCGCGAAGUCAUUUUUCGUGCCGACUAGGGCGAAUCUGGAUGUUGGGUCUGAGGUUGAUCCCGUAGAUCUGGGGUUGGUCACUUUUGAUGAGUCGGAAUCUUUGUUCUCGUUCUUUUAUCAAAACCUCGCUCACACGAGAUGGGGUCUCGAUCCAUUGAUACACACGCCAUCAUUUGUGCGCUCUCAAUCCGCAUUUUUAUUUACAUCGAUAAUGGCUGGAGCGGCUCUAUUCCUACCAUCCGCAGCGGCUUUGUCUACGAGAUUAUCUCGACACUGCAAGUGGCUUGCAAAGAGGGUAAUUACGCUCCGCCAUAGGUCUGUCGAGAUUGUUUUGGCAUUCAUGGUUAAUGUUCCGUGGAUGUCCCCUGGUGAUAGCCUCGGAGAUGAUGAUACCUGUUCAUAUAUCGCUAUGGCUUUGACUGUUUCUUUGGAUUUAUCAUUGAACAAGAUUGUCUCUCCAUCUGCGAGCUUUGAUCAGGACCUGCUUAAUCGUUUAGCUCGGGCAGAUUGUAUUGAUGCCAGGAGGGCUUUACAUAUGGAUGGAUUUGAUGAUGUUGAUCCAUCGUCUGAGUGGGGUCUGCGUUUACUCCGGCGACGGGAAAGAGCAUGGAUUGCUUUAUUUGUUGUUGAGAGGGGUGUUUGUCUUGCUCGUGGACGAAGCUAUACAGUCCCUCCAACUACGCUUAUUGAGAACUGCGACCGGUGGCAUCUGUCCAACAUCGCAGAUUUGCGUGAUGGUCCUAUGAACUCAAUGGCAGUUCUUCGCAGAGACUUAGACGGACUAUUUAGGAAAGUCAAAUCAAAUUGCGAUAGUCAUCGAAUCGUUGACACCGGCUCAGAAGCCGCGCAAACGAUCAAGAAAACCAUCCAAACUUUCUAUGAACGGUGGUACGCAACAUGGGCUUUCGCAAUCGGUGAAGGUGACACACGGUCUCUCCCCCCAUACGUCGAGAUUCUAGUCACGCACACCCAACUCUCAACCUACGGCGGCGUUAUCAACCACCCAACAGCCCCCCUCGAAGUAAAACGCUUCUUCCGCGCCGCAGGCCUCUCAUCCGCCCUGAACGUUCUCCGAGCUGCAAUCCAAGGCGAAGCCCGCCUAAAGUCAAUGCCAAACAAUACAGUCAUCAUGAUAUCCUUCGCAGCCUGCUCUGCACUAAGUCUAAGCGUAAUACCGGGCGACAGCAGAUCGAGCCUCGCACCCAGCGUGCGAAACCUAAUUGAAGAAACAGCCGGCGUUCUGGAAAGAGUCGGUGCAACACCGAGUCACCGCAAUGGUUCGUCAGUGCUCUAUGGUCGCUUUCUGCGCGAGUUGAUUCGGAGAGCUCCUGCUUUCCCUCUCCCCGCAUCUCAUCCGCAAUCACAGUUCCAAACCACCUCUCAACGCGUCAAUCCAUCUGGUAUGGAUCUAGCUGAACCGGCUCUACCCCCUACAUCUUCCCUCGAUAUGCAUGGCCUCCCAAUUCAAGUCUCUCAACCGUCGACAUCGCUUCCGCCUGAGGAUCUUUGGUCUGAACCAAUUCAAUUCUCAGCAAUGUCGGAUAAUCAGAUUGUCGAUGCGGUUAAUCGGGCCGGCACUGCAUUUGGGUCGUCUAUUCCUGAUGUUCCGCUUGACGAUAUGCUUAAUUGGGAUUGGCUUGAUUUCGCGAAUGCAGAUUUUGGUCUGUGA